GCCGUGAAUCGGUUUGGAAAUUCUCAAAAGGCAAAUGUACUCCUCAGCAGCACACGCCGAUAACUCGGUCCCAUUUCAGAAGAACCGACCAAGCCUGGCCGAUUCAACUCGGUAGAAGCUCAAUCUCCUCCUUCGACAAUUCGCUCACGAUUCCAUCACCAUUCGAGGUUUAGUUAAAGAGAGCGGUGGUGUCACUAGCUCAUGAUAAUAAAAAAUGGCGUGAGUCUUUUGCAUAGCCCAAACAAUCGUAUGUUGGCUUCGUCGGCUGUUUUCAGAAGACAGGAGUUUUUGAUAAGGUGCCUUGGAGUUGGAGGUCAGAGCCAACAAUUCAAUCGCAAAUCAGUGCCAAGAACAAUGGCUUUAGAGGCGGAUGCUGAAAACAUUUUGAGAGCAAUCACUCCCACACUUGACUUAGCUAGGCACAAAGGCCAGGCUGGAAAAAUAGCUGUUAUUGGCGGCUGUCGUGAAUAUACAGGUGCCCCAUACUUCUCUGCUAUCUCAGCUUUAAAAAUUGGUGCAGAUUUGUCUCAUGUGUUCUGCACUAAAGAUGCUGCUCCAGUCAUAAAAAGCUACAGCCCUGAGUUAAUUGUGCACCCUCUUUUAGAAGAAUCUUAUAGUGUUAGAGAGAAGGACAAAAAAGCAAUCUCAGAGAAGGUUCUCACAGAGGUUGUUAAGUGGAUGGAAAGAUUUGAUUGCCUAGUCGUUGGUCCAGGCCUUGGAAGGGACCCCUUUCUCCUGGAUUGUGUUAGUGAAAUCAUGAAGCAUGCAAGACAGUCAAAUGUCCCAAUUGUUAUAGAUGGGGAUGGACUCUUUCUUGUUACAAACAGUCUUGAUCUGGUUAGUGGUUAUCCUUUAGCAGUCUUAACCCCAAAUGUGAAUGAAUAUAAGCGCCUUGUUCAGAAGGUGCUAAACUGUGAAGUAGGUGAUCAAGAUGCUGCUGAGCAAUUACUCUCUCUCGCCAAAGGGAUUGGUGGCGUAACUAUCCUACGGAAAGGAAAGUCUGAUCUCAUCAGUGAUGGUGAAACAGUCAAUUCAGUAGGCAUCUAUGGUUCUCCUCGACGCUGUGGCGGCCAGGGUGAUAUACUUUCUGGAAGUGUUGCAGUAUUCUUAUCAUGGGCGCGACAACGAAUCAUUGCUGAAGGGGAUUUGAAUAUCAGUCCGAAGAGUCCAACGGUGCUGGGGAGCAUUGCAGGGUCUGCUUUAAUGAGGAAGGCUGCAUCACUUGCCUUUGAGAAUAAGAAAAGAUCUACCCUUACCGGUGAUAUCAUUGAGUGCUUGGGAAGAAGUUUGGAGGAUAUUUGUCCAGCCAAGUGAUCUGUUGAGUUUGAUAGAGUGGAUACAGCUGAGAAAACUUUUGCCAUGGUCAGACUGCUGCUGCUUCUAUAAAUUUACCAAUAAAGGACAAUUUUAUUGAUGUUUUUAUUCCAAGUUUAUAAAUGGUAAAGAGUGGAUAGACCUGCAAGGAACGGUUCACUUUAUAUGCACUGAUUUGCUGGAAAAGUUAUGCACCCUAUAUUUAGCGCAGAGUAUUGAGUAUCAUUUUAUUUUCUUGGGGAUUGAAUUGACAACGGGGACCAAGACCUCCUUAGGACUUGCAGAAGCAUUUGUUGUAUAAAUUAUCUGGUCAUGGUGUCAAGAAUUUGAUUUGGUUUUACCCCUUGGGUGACUCAAAAUUUUCUCGGGAAAUCAGUUAGAAGAUGCCCGGAUUUUGUUCAUAUGAAAGAAUAGAAUAGCGAUAUUUUGCAUGGAUA